AUGGCUAGGAAAGGUAGUCAACAGAAGAAUGGGAUUAACCACAGAAAAGGUGUUUCUGGGGGUGUUCUUCCGGGUAUGAAAGGUCAUGAAGGAGGGCAAGUGAAGGUUUUUCCGGCAGAGGAACUUGUGAAUGGCGAUCGUGAUCUUUCACAGAAAGCGUGUGAGUCUAGUUCUGCUGGUGAUGGUAAUAUCAAUGAGCGGAAAUCUGAGAAGUCUUCACGGAAAGAUAAGCAAGGGAUGAAUGCAAAGCAUGGCCUGGAGGAAUCACAGUCCUUUGGGAGUAAUUCAGAGAAUGGCAGUGAGAAUGGUGAAGUUCCAAUACAAGAAGGAAAAUUUCCUAGAAGUAAUCAAGCUCAACAGAGUAUCAAGAGUAGAUUGAGCCAUUUAGUGGAAGGUUUACAGUUGAGAAGUAUGGUAGAAAAUAUGGAACUUGCUGAUCAUGCAGCUAUUAGGAGAUUAAGGUUGUCAGUAUUUUCCAUUUUCACUGCAGUUAUGGAGUGGUUAACCAGGCAGAAGCCGUUGUUUGUAUCUGUUAGAACCACUGUAUUAGAAGCUUAUGCUAGUUUCAGAACAAAAUUUAAACAGGCAUAUCCGGUUGUUCUGACGUGGCUCAUGCACUUUGGAAACAUAAUCCUUCUAUUAUCGCUGUUUUGGUUGGACUGUGCCAUUCGAGGUAUUGAUUCAUUUGUACGGAUGGGUACAACAUCCUUCUUCUCUGUUAUAUGGUGCAGCAUAUUCUCCGUGAUUAGUAUGAUAGGGAUGCUCAAGUUUCUGGUUGUACUGGGACUGGCUACCUUGAUUGGGUUUUUUGUCGGGUUCGUGCUUGCAAUUUUGGUGGUUGCUAUCAUUGGAGUUGUUAUGCUGUGGUUAUAUGGUAGCUUCUGGACAACAGCAUUUUUCGUCAUCCUCGGAGGAUUAGCAUUUAUGUUACGUCAUGAACGUGUGGCACUUCUUAUCACCACCAUCUAUUCUGUAUAUUGUGCUUGGCUGUACGUUGGGUGGCUUCGUUUGUUCUUGGCUUUAAAUUUAGCUUUCAUCUCAAGUGAUGUUCUGGUAUACUUCCUCAAGAAAAACAUAGAUCAACAGAGUAGAUCAAAUCCAUUUGAGCAAAGAGCUGGAAUGAACGGUCAACCAGGUUUUAGAAAUGAUGAAUCCAUGCCUGCGUCAUCCUCUGAAAAUGGACCAUCUACAGAUCGAAAUGCUGGAGUCCCUUCAACUAGUGGGGUUGAUUCCGAUGUAACCUCUGAAGAUGAAGUUGUUCGAUUGUUGAACUGCUCUGAUCACUAUGCAGCACUGGGCUUCCUACGCUAUCAAAGUAUAGAUGUUUCAGUUCUGAAGCGUGAAUAUAGGAAGAAGGCAAUGUUGGUACAUCCUGAUAAAAAUAUGGGUAAUGAAAAGGCCGUAGAAGCCUUUAAGAAACUUCAAAAUGCAUAUGAGAUUCUAAUGGAUUCUUUGAAGAGAAAAGCUUAUGAUGAUGAGCUAAGGAGAGAAGAGAUUCUUAACGUGUUCAAUAGAUUUCAUAAUGCUCCUCGCAGGAAUAGUAGACCCGGGUUCUUUUCUUCUGGAUUUUCCCAUUCUGACGCUGAUGGUGAGGACCCAUUUGGUGAAUCAAGGCGAAUAGCUUGCAAAAGGUGUGGAGGCUUUCAUCUCUGGAUACACACUAAAAAACAAAAGUCUCGAGCAAGAUGGUGCCAGGAUUGUCAAGAUUUUCACCAAGCCAAGGACGGUGAUGGAUGGGUUGAACAAUCUUCCCAACCAUUUCUUUUUGGCUUAAUGCAGAAGGUCGACUCUCCUUCUGCUUACGUGUGUGCGGAUAGCAAAAUAUUUGAUGCCACUGAAUGGUACAUCUGUCAGGGUAUGAGAUGUCCAGCAAAUACUCAUAAGCCAAGUUUUCAUGUGAACACCAGUAUAAUGACUAAACAUAGUUCUGCGAAAGGAACUAGCUCUUCAACGCCAAAGGGCGGGCGGAUGCCAACACCUCCUAAUAUGCCAGCACCUAAUUUUGAAGAAACCAUGACUGAGGAAGAAUUCGUCGAGUGGUUACAGAAUGCGGUACAGUCAGGCGUGUUUGACAAUAUGAACGGCGGCACUGCAACAGAGAGCCCGUCCGCCAAAUCUGGAAAUGGGAUGAAAAGUCCAGCUUCUGGCAAUGGUGUCGGUAGCGGCAGCAAAAAAAAGAGAAAAGGAAAAAAGCAAUGGUGA